CUCUGCUCUGUAAAGGCGCCUUUGAUGCGCUAAGAGGUUUGUCCGCUGCUCGGCGCCGACUCAUAACAAGUCUUCACCGUCUCGCUUCGGUUGCAAGAAGAGUCCCAGCUUUACUCUGCGUAGCGACGGGAACAGAUACCGGGACGGUUCAGUGUGUUAAACCCGCCGACGAGCACAAAAACGCCCGAUGCGCCGCGCCGGGAGCCGCCGCUCUGCCUCCCAGCAUGACUUCAGACGACAGAUGAGCCUCUGAGGGGAAACCCGGACCCCCCCUCUUCCUGUGGACUCCUGACAGGACGGAGCGUCCCCCCCCCCCCUCCUCCUCCCCCUCUGCAGCGUUGACACCUCCACCCGGACCAGCGGGGGCCACCAGGACCUCCUCUCGUCUUUUUCCGGCUGGUGGGAGCCCGGUUCUGCGGGCCCUGUGAGUUCUGGAAGCUGGGGCGCGACUCGUGGGAUGCAACCAUGUCGGGUCUCGGUGAGCGCAGGCCGGUCAACUCGGACUACGCCGUGUCGCUGCUGGAGCAGCUCAAGUUCUUCUACGAGCAGAAGCUGCUGACGGACGUGGUGCUGCUGGUGGAGGACGCCGAGUUCCCGUGUCACAAGAUGGUCCUGGCCUCCUGCAGCUCCUAUUUCAGGGCGAUGUUCAUGAGUGGCCUCAGCGAGAGCAAGCAGACCCACGUCCACCUGAGGAACGUGGACCCGGCCACGCUGAAGAUCAUCAUCGCCUACGCCUACACGGGCCACCUGGCCAUCAGCGACAGCACCGUGGAGCCGCUCUACGAGACCGCCUGCUUCCUACAGGUGGAAGACGUCCUGCUGCAGUGCCGCGACUACCUGGUGAAGAAGAUCAACGCCGAGAACUGCGUGCGCAUGCUGAGCAUCGGCGACCUGUUCAGCUGCAGCGAGCUGAAGCAGAGCGCCAAGCGCAUGGUGGAGCACAAGUUCCCCCGGGUCUACCGCCAGGAGGCCUUCCUGCAGCUCUCCCACGAGCUGCUGGUCGACGUCCUCAGCAGCGACAACCUCAACGUGGAGAAGGAGGAGACGGUGCGCGAGGCGGCCAUGCUGUGGCUGGAGUACAACAUGGAGGCGCGCUCGCAGCACCUGUCCUCCGUGCUCAGCCAGAUCCGCAUCGACGCGCUGUCCGAGGUGACGCAGCGCGCCUGGUUCCAGGGCCUGCCGCCCAACGACAAGUCGGUGGUGGUGCAGGGCCUCUACAAGUCCAUGCCCAAGUUCUUCAAGCCGCGCCUGGGCAUGACCAAGGAGGAGAUGCUCAUCUUCAUGGAGGCGCUGUCGGAGACGCCGCGCGAGCGCUACGUCCUGCAGAUCGCCGUGCCGACCACCAUCGUCUGCUACAGCCCGCAGGCCGAGAAGGUGUACAAGCUGCGCAACCCGCCGGAGGACCUGCAGAAGGUGGGCGCCCUGGUCACGCCCGACAACGACGUCUACAUCGCCGGCGGCCAGGUCCCCCUCAAGAACCCCGUCGGCAACUUCGGCAAGGGCGGCAAGCUGCACGCCGUGUUCCGCUCGGUGGACAGCUUCUUCUGGUUCGACGCGCAGCAGAACGCCUGGGCGCCGCGGACGCCCAUGCUGUGCGCGCGCACCAAGCCCUCGCUGGUCCACUGCGACGGCUACAUCUACGCCAUCGGCGGCGACAGCGUGGGCGGCGAGCUCAACAAGCGCACGGUGGAGCGCUACGACGUGGAGAAGGACGAGUGGACCAUGGUGAGCCCGCUGCCCUGCGCCUGGAACUGGAGCACGUCGGUGGCGGCGCGCGACUGCAUCUACGUCAUGACCCACGACCUGACGUACUGCUACUUCCCCCGCGCCGACGCCUGGGUGGAGAUGGCCGCGCGCAAGACCAGCCGCUGCUUCGCCUCCGCCGCCGCCUUCGGCGACCUCCUCUUCUACGUGGGCGGCCUCCACGUGGUCGGCAACGCCGGCGUGCGCGCGCCCGCCUCCUCCGCCGCCGUCGACGGCUCCUCCGUGGCGGUGGAGGUCUACGACGUCAACAAGAACGAGUGGCGCCCGGCCGCCAGCAUCCCGGCCAAGCGCUACUCGGACCCGUGCGUGCGCGCCGUGGUGCUGCUCAACUCGCUCUGCGUCUUCAUGCGCGAGACGCACGUGAACGAGCGCGCCAAGUACGCCAUCUACCGGUACGACGCCGAGCUGGACCGCUGGCUCCUGCGGCAGCCCGUGUCCGAGCGCGUCCUCUGGGACCUGGGCAAGGACUUCCGCUGCGCCGUGGGGAAGCUCUACCCCUCCUGCCUGGAGGAGUCUCCCUGGAAGCCGCCCACAUACUUCUUCUCUGCCGACGGCGGCGGAGGAGGAGGCGAGGAGUUCGAGGUGGAGGGCGAGCUGGUGAGCCUCCCCCACGUAUAGCUGCCGUCUCCCCCCUCCACGGCGUGGACGUGAACACAGGAGGGGGGGGGGGGUGGCUACUGUAGCGCUAACGGGUCGGACGCCGGCUCGUACCGUUAAAAAGAAACCGGUCCUCUUUAAGUUCGUCAGUGGUGACAUCUGUUAGAUGUUCUGUUGGUCAUACUGUUUGUACAAUGUGAUAAUCUCAAACUAAUUUCCUGAUGAUGAUGAUGAUGAUGAUGAUGAUGAUGAUGAUGAUGCACUUAACUGGUUAACCAUGAUGGAAACUACCAAACUCUCUCCUCCUGUCUCACUGGUAAAGAAAUACUCCACAGAAAAAUCAAAGAUCGCUCAAACUGGAUGCCGACUUUAAUUAUAUUUAAGAGUUUUUUUUUUUUUUUUGGAAGACUUGAGUUUUGAUAAAUAUUUAUGCUUCUUUAAUGAAAUAAAGUUUGUAAAAGAUAAAAAAAAGGGGCUGAAAUCCUUCAAAAGCAAAAUAAUUUGCUGUUUUUUUUUUUUUUGUUUGUUUCUCCGGCUCUGGGUCAGUUCGUACCGUCUCAAGAUGCACCGACCUCUUAUUUUAUUUUAAUUAAUUCUGCAUUUGUUUAAUGUAUAAAAGAGAAAAGUUUUUUGUUUAUGAUCCAUUCAUUAACCCAAAGCGGUGCGUGGGAGCACCUGCUGUUUGCUGACCCGUUUACAGACCAGAACCCAGAUCAAAUUUCUGUCUCACAGCUGGAAACAAACCAUUUCACACCCGUUAAUGUCAACCGCCGCAUUUCAGCCAUUUUUCUCUCUUUCUGGCUCAAUCUUUUGAAGUAAUAAAAUCCAAACUUCCAACAGUAUCUACAGCCUUGACACAAACGUGAUAGAAACCCAAUUGGAGGCAAAGAUCACUUUAAAUUCCAGUCAUCGUUGGAAUAUUUGGUUAGAAAUUAACGGUACCGUUCCUGGGAUUUAAAUUCUUCGGACCGAUAACAUUUAUGGCCUGUUUGACAGACUUCUGCCCAGAUGAUUAAUUAUUUUUAGUUUUAAAGACGUGAACAUUGAAGAAGAGUGAUAGGAAUACUGCGAUGGUGAGGAAGGUUCUGGUUAAAGUCUCAUUAUUGCCGUGAUCACCAACAGCUUCAGCUUGUUUUUCUAAUCUAAUUCAGGUUUUGACUUCAGAAUUAAAGAAUUAAAAAAUGUGCCCUCAGAAUAUAGUUUAAAAUGUAAAGAAAAUAUUUUUGUAGGCAGUGUUUUCCAUUUAUUUUGGUUAUACCAGUUUGUGCCCCGCCUUAUGAGACAGAUCAGGAACCCAAGAACAAACCAAAAUGACUCCAAGCUACUUUUUGUUCAUUAACCCAUAUUUAUCAGUGGACUUUGAGCAGAUUAUUGGAAAUAUUAAAGUUAUUAGUUUAUAGCCAGAUGGUUUUGUCCUAGUAAACAAACCAUCUGGUAACAGUGGACCGUUCCAUCGCCUAUCGGUUUACUUCCCCAAGAAAUGGCGUUUUUCCAUGAGUUAUGGAGACAACAAAAAUUACAAAUAUUUUAGAUUUCAUUCUUCAUCCAUUGAUGGUGGUUCUUGGUUGGGUCAGUUGACUCCUAGAAAGUCUGACUGAUCAAAGCAGAAGAACUUCCCGCUGGUAGAUAUUAGAUGUUGGAGCCACAAAAACACAUUUUCUUAUAGAUUUAGAAAAUUAGUUUGAGUCGUCAGCUUUCAGAAUGCCAACAAUUUGAUUGGCAUAAAAUGGCUCCAUUUAAUGUGGGUACAACGCCAACCAGUGCUAUAAGUCUGUCUUUUGCCAUUUCGUCCAUUCAUACUUCCAUUUUCCACACCUAAACCAUUUCAUACCCAUGUUAUAUAAAUGAUGUGGAUAUAAAAUCAUCAAAAUGCUCAAGUGUCAUUAGUUUCAUAUUGCAUUAUAUUUUUAUUUAGUUUUAGUUCUCGUUUGUGUCUAGAUCAUAGAAAUAUCUAGAUAAUUGAAAUGGUCGGUUGACAAAGUACGAACUGAUGGUCACGUCCUCCAUUUUGUCCCCAAGAAGUUGGAUCGAAAAACAAUUUUAAACAAAGAACUUGUUCGAUGCAUUUAGCCGAUUCAUCCAAAGUUGUGAAGGAUAAACUUUGAUUUUCAGCGGAGUAUUCCUUUAAAAAAAAUAUAAAUAAACGGGAUCAUGCAUUUCCUCAAAAGGCCUAGCAGACGGGCGUGACGUCACCCAGUGGAGAGAGGAAGGCGGGAAACAAGAGGGACAGGUGGCGGGAAAGUCGAUAAAAGAGGGUGGCUGCAGGUCCAGCCACUCCUGGCCCCGCCUCCAUUCCCCUCUAGGCCCCGCCCCUGACUCCGCCCCCUGUUACGUCACGUCUGCUGCGCAGGUCUUCCACACAACCAGCAGGUCACACCUCAGUCUGCCGUCAGGUGACUCUUUGUUUCUCUCUGCAACUAAAACCCAACUCCACUCGCAGUACAAACCGGUUCUGGGCUCAUGCAUUUGUUUUUUUUUGUUUUUUAUUUCUAAGCUGCUGAAUUAUAUAAAUAUAUAAAAACUAUAUUUUUCAUAUGUUUAAAACGGCUGUUUUAGUGUUGAAGGGAUUUUGGGGAGGGGGGAGGGAGGGAAUAACCAGGUCUAUUUUGUAUUUGUCUCUUUUUUUUUUUUAUUUAAUAUCCGACAUUACUGUAGUGUGAUUGUGUGUAGGUCUCCAUCUUCUUAUCAGAUUACAUUUUUGUUUUUCUGGAUGAGUACUGAGAAAUCUUGCUGCUGAUUGGCUGAGAGCAGAGGGGGCUGGCUCACGGUUAUGGCGCUAGAUUGGGGGGGGGACUUCCUCUUUAUUUUUAAAAACAUGAGCACAGGUGCUUCAUGACAAACCUUACUAGCAUGUUUGGCUGCAUCAUUUUCCUUUGGCACUGUAUUUUGGAUGAACGUUAAUUUAUUAAAAAAUGUACCAAAAACGUUCGGCAAA